CAUCAACAAUCAUAUAAUGCUAUGCAGUCAGUGGUGGGGAAUACUUGGGUUCCUUUUCUCUUCUUGUCCUUUGGUUCUUUUCCUUUCCUCUUCAGUUCUCCUCUCCUCUCCUCCAAAAGAGCUGCUGUAAAUAAAUUUUGUUAGUGCCUCUUCUAGUUCUUGGUAUUUUGGAGCUGCAGCUUCUUUGCAGGGAUUGAGAUGCAAAUGUUGAAGGGAUCAGUUGUUUCCCAACCUAGUGUUCUUGCACAUGCAAAUCAUGUUGCAAGUUUUGCUCCUCUGCCUAACAUGAACCCGGCAAAGGCUAGAAAUUUUCGAAGUAUUUUUUUUGGAUCGUAUGGUAGACUCAAAAGUAUUACAAGAGCAUGCGAACUUUUUGUUCAACCUUGUGAAAAGAAGACUUGGGCUGUUUGCUGUAUUUUCAGUUCCUCUUCUGAUGGAAAUGGCAGUUUAGCUGGAAACUUCGACGAGAAUGAUGAGGAAUUCGUGAAUUCUAGCGUCCUCGAAGCCGUCGAGGCAAGAAGUGAAUCGGAUGGCCUCGUGAUAAAGAUGCAUGAUGGCCGGAGUCUAAGAUGUGUUCAUAAUAGCCCUCAGGCAGGAAACUUGCCCUACUAUCCUCCUCACCCAGCCAUCGUGUUGAAAGUGGAAGAUGGAAGUGAUACAUUGCUUCCUCUCCUAGUCGUUGAGAUGUCAAGCGUAUUGCUAAUUGCUGCAAUUUGUCAGAUUCAGCUGGUGAGACCAACCAUGUAUGAAGUAGUCCAAGAAUUGAUAGAGAAGAUGGGAUACACUGUACACCUUGUUAGAAUCACCAAGAGAAUAAAAGAAACUUACUUUGCAAAGUUGUAUCUAACAAAGGUUGGAAGCAAGAACGAGACUAUUAGCUUUGAUAUCCGACCUUCAGAUGCCAUUAAUAUGGCUGUCCGAUGCAAGGUACCUAUACAAGUCAACAAAGAUCUUGCACUGAGGGAUGGAAUGAAAAUAGCCGAGCCAACAAAGUUAGCUGUGAAAACUGUUCUAUCAUACGGCGCUUUAUUUACAGAACUCGAUAGGCCUGAUGGUCAGCCUUGCAAUGAAGCCAUUGAGUUUGACAUGGUUCGUAACAUGCUGAUUGCUGCUGUCGAGGAAAGAUACAAAGACGCUGCACGGUGGAGGAACAAGCUUUUUCUGCACCGAUCAAAGACGAAGAGCUGGCCUUGACUUCUGCACUCGAUCAAACAUGUAAAUUCCGAUGUCGAUACUAUAAUCUCCGGGGCCUAAUGCGGACUGCAUCCACUGUUGGAACGAUACCGCCAAGCAAAUGAAUGAAUCAGUUGCAGUGGUUGAAAUGCAUGUAUCAGCUUCUUCAUGUACAGUGACAAAUAAUGUACUGGAGUGUGGUUUUCAGUAUGUCUUCUUCCACUCUCUUGGUUGGCUCAUGAAAUGCAAAGAGAAUUUUACUCUUUUUUAAAAAAAUAUUCUUUAUAACAAUCACAUUCGUAUAAGUGUUGUCGAAACGACCCUUAUAAGUUGCUAUUAGUAUUUUACCUCACUUUUCUAGAUCCCAGGCAAAAUAAGAAGCUUAGUAGAUUGAUGUUGUC